AUGAGGCACACAUCGACGAAUGGGCAUUUAGGGCUGGGUGUCAGCCACAUCUUUGUCUAUGACAACAGUCAGGCUUGGGAACUCCGAACAUGGGCAAAGAGCCGUCUCAAAGUCAGCUCCUUCCAUUACACGAAGGCGUUCCGUGUUCAAUGGGGAGCAUAUGCCGAUUGCCUUGUAAACCGCGUGUACUACAAGUGGGCAGCCUUUUUGGAUGUGGAUGAGUUCUUGAUUUUGAGGGAUAAUCGAAAUUUGAUUGACUACCUGGCCGAGUAUCUUCAUAAUGGGUCUCCGUCUCCGAACUGGCUGAUUUUUGGACCAGCAGGUCACAAAGUCUACGAGCCAAAGCCCAUGACAAAGAGAUUUCAAUUGUCUGAGUCCAAGGUGAAUCAGCACGUGAAGACGAAUUCGAGAACGGAGGACAUCGGAACACAGCAAAUCCAUCAUGCUGAUCGAACGGAGUGCAAAAAGGUGCCGCCGGAUUGA